AUGAAAAUUAUUUCUAUUGUGGCUUUUCUGUCCUUUUUAUCAAUGAGCUUUAACUAUGAAAUUGCAGAAGAAGAAUCAGUCUUUGAAAAAAUGGUUUGUCCAGCAUUUUUGGUGUUUGAAAAUGUUGCAUAUUUAGCAGACAUGACAUUUGAGUUGCCAUGUAACUGUAAACCCGAAGAAGUGAAUUCGGUUGUCUGGUAUUUCCAGAAAGACCUAGGACACAAUGAAACCCGUGUCCUGACUGAUUUUAAUGGCACCAAAAUUAUAGACUCUAGCGAUAUAAAAACUGGAAGUGAUAUUAUGAAUCGCUUUGCUAUCCGGAUGUUCAGUCUCAUCAUUUUUCAAUCUCAGGUUGAGGAUUCGGGACACUAUAUUUGCGGUUCAGCAAAGGGCGACUUUUUCUACGGCUAUGACAUUGAUGUGCAACCGUCAGAGGGAGCUCAUCUAGCGUUCAUAGAUAUUGAUCAGAAACCUCUCAGUGAUAUGGAAACAGCUACAUAUAAAAUUUUCUCUUCUUUCUGGGCUUGGGGCAAAUGUGAUCGAUGUGACAUCCGAGGGGAGCAAACACGGAUUGGACUAUGUUAUUUUAAGAGUCAGUAUCUUUUUACAAGGUAUCGUACACCCAUGCCACAUGUUGUGUCUUGUGGUUCUGCUGCAAUCCCUAGACGAUUUAGAGGAAUUCUUAACGUCAGGAAGACAGAAGUAGUAGUGAGAAGCUGUUAUGAGCCAUGUCCCAAAACACCUUCUCCUCUUGAGGGAAAACAUUCAAUAUUUGAAGUUGUCUCUGCCCUCGAAGAAAAGCAAUUAAAUCUUGCUGUUCCCAUUCAGUACUAUUCACACCCACUGGGCUAUCCACUGACACUCAUGUGUCCAGGUACCCGUCCAGAACAUUCUGUUGCUUGGGACAAAUCCACUUUUCAAUUAUAUCGAAGCCAAUACAUGGCUGGGGUGAACAAGUCAAUGAGAGUCUUCAUUGACCAUGGUAACCACCUACGUUUUAAGUACAUUGAACAUGAUGACAAAGGGAUUUACUACUGCUGGCAACAAGGUAAAAAAGUAGCUGGAUUUCGGCUGUCUAUUAGUUACAGAAGUAAACGAGCUCGCAAGUUUUCUGACCCAGAGACUCAAUUUGCCUUUAAAACAGUUCUUACUUCCUACAUUUUUAUAACAGCUAUUUUUAUUGUUCUGCAUUUGCUGAAAUGUGUACGCUAUUUUUUUAAAAUUCCACACAACUGA